CAUUCCUCCUUGUCUGGCACCUGGAUAGUGUCAUCAUAUUUUUCAUCUCUGUUCACCCAAUCGCCUCUAACUUUUGAAGGGACUGGGGUUGUAGGCACAAGACCUCAUCCUCUUAAAUAUAAACUACUAUUCUGAUUUUCUUUUGCCCAAAGUAACAGAAUGGCGAAUUAUGUGUGCAGAUCCGGGGGAACCAGGGCAAACCAUCCACAGGAUGAAGAGCAAAGUUCUCAUGUAGAGCGCUUAUCGUCAUCAACAUCAAGCGUCACUGUGACUCCUUCGCCUGCACACACAGAGAAGCACAACAACCACUCCUCGCAGUUAUCUAAUGCUAUAAUCGGGUUUGCCGAUGGUCUGACGGUGCCAUUUGCCUUGACGGCUGGCUUGACUGCGGUUGGCUCAAUUCAUCUAGUAAUUGUAGGAGGCCUUGCGGAGCUCUUCGCUGGAGCAAUCUCAAUGGGUCUCGGCGCCUGGCUUGCGGCUGAGACGGAGCGGAAGCACUAUGAAAUCGAAGAAGCGAGAGAGAUACGUGAAGUCCGGGAAAUGCCUGCAAAAGAGGAAGAUGAGAUAUACGAGAUUUUUGAACAGUACGCCAUUGGUAGAUCAGCUGCAAAGGGAGUAGUAGAAGCGUUGAAGGUGAACGAAGAUAUGUGGGUAAAGUUCAUGAUGGACUUUGAACUCAAGCUCGAGAAACCAGACGUUUCCAAAUGUUGGAUCUCCGCACUUGUCAUGGGCAUGUCGUACUUAAUGGGCGGUCUAAUCCCCAUGCUUCCCUACUUCUUCAUGAAGAAAGUCAACGACGCACUCUUCAUAAGCAUCGGCAUAUCAGUGGUCAUUCUUCUCGUUUUUGGCUACGUAAAAGCCAUUUUCACGGGCACUGAUCGCAAAACAGCGGUUCUUAGUGCAGUGCAAACUCUAUUCGUUGGAGCCCUCGCUGCCGGGACAAGCUACGGUAUCGUACGAGGGAUCAAUGACAGACUUGGGGGGACGUCGAUUCAAUGAAACAGACGUUUUCCUCACGCCUAAGCGCGUUUAAUUGAGUAUGAAUACAUGCGGUUCUUGGAGUCAGCGAUCUCAUGAAACAAAAGGGUACGAAUCCAAGCCGAAUACUGUAUUAUUCAGGCAUGUCUACAGUGGGACUUCAAAUGCGAGAGCGCAUCAAUAAUUUUCUGCGAUGGAAAAUUUCAUGACUGGGAUUCGUACGACCGGAUUAGGGUUUGAAUAGAACGUCACGAAUAUUACUAUUCCUGAAAGGAUUCACCUCUUACAGUUGAGUAAGGGCGCACCUUUUAAAAGUCAACCGAUUACAU